AUGAAGAGCAAGAAGAUGUGCUUUUGCAUUCCUCUUCGUAUAAGAGGAGACUCUAAUCACCGGUCGGAGGUGUCUAGUCGGAAAAGUAGGGGAAAUGUUAUUAGUAAGGGUGGCGUUGAUGGUCAUCAUGUUGGAUCCGGACAUGGUGGAGCUACUACUAAUACUGCCGGCAACGACACUGCAGGCAUGGCUGCGGUGAUGAUAAGCGCGGCGGCGAUAUCUGAUAUGGGUGGCAGUGCAUGUGGAAGUUCUCAUGGCGAAGGCGGCGGCGGCGGUGGUGGUGAUGGCGGGGGUGGUUAAUUAAGUGAUUGGUGCUUUUACAAGUU